AUGCUGACCAGUAGAACACGCAUAGCCACGAGGCGCAUUGCCUCACCAUCCCUCCCACGAUCACUUCCCAUUCGCACAUCGCCGCUAUGUCUCCACGCAUCCCCAGUACGACUGCCUCGGCAGCAAAAGAUCCUAAGACCGCUUGUAUCGUUGCGAACAUAUGCAAACGGAGGCCGACCGCAUCCUCCAGGUGGAACACAUCGCAUGAAUCUGGGUGGUGAGCCGGAAAAGCCUGCCUUGGAACAAUAUGGUGUGGAUCUCACAGAGCGAGCGCGUGAUGGCAAAUUAGAUCCAGUCAUUGGACGAGACGGCGAGAUCCAGCGUACCAUUCAAAUCCUAUCGAGACGAACAAAGAACAAUCCCGUCCUCAUAGGCUCUGCAGGAACAGGAAAGACUGCCAUCCUUGAGGGCCUAGCACAGCGUAUUGUAAAAGGUGACGUGCCCGAAUCCAUCAAAGACAAGCGCGUCAUAUCCCUCGAUCUCGGGUCCCUCAUUGCUGGCGCAAAGUUCCGCGGAGAUUUCGAGGAGCGGCUCAAGAGCGUCUUGAAGGAAGUCGAGGAGGCCAAGAAGGGUGUCAUACUAUUCGUGGAUGAGCUACAUACAUUGUUGGGCUUGGGCAAGGCAGAAGGUAGCAUCGAUGCGAGCAACCUUUUGAAGCCCGCACUCAGCCGCGGAGAGCUACAACUCUGCGGUGCGACAACACUCAACGAAUACCGACAGAUUGAGAAAGACGCAGCGCUUGCGAGACGGUUCCAGCCAAUCCUAGUGGGCGAGCCGACCGUACAAGACACCAUCUCGAUACUGCGUGGUAUCAAAGAGCGAUACGAGGUCCAUCACGGCGUACGCAUUACCGACAACGCUUUAGUCGCCGCUGCUGCGUACAGCAACCGAUAUAUUACCGACCGUUUCCUUCCAGACAAGGCCAUCGACUUAGUAGACGAGGCUGCGAGUGCCCUCCGUCUUCAGCAAGAGAGCAAACCCGAUGCGAUCCAGGAGCUAGACCGUCAGAUCAUGACGAUCCAGAUUGAGCUUGAAUCGCUCCGCAAAGAGACAGACAUUGCCAGUAAAGAGCGACGCGAGCGCCUUGAAGAAUCGUUGAAACAGAAACAGGAGGAAGUGAAGGGCUUGACUGAGAAGUGGGAAAAAGAGCGAGCAGAGCUCGAUGAAAUCAAGAAUGCGCAGGAGAACCUCGAAAAGGCAAAGCUCGAGCUCGAACAAGCCCGCCGAGAAGGUAACUUCGCCAAGGCUGGUGAACUGCAGUACAGCAGAAUCCCCGAGCUAGAGCAGAAGCUUCCCAGGGACGAGGAAGUGACUGCAGGGGCCAACCGACAGGGCUCAUUGCUGCACGACUCCGUCACUGCAGACGAUAUUGCAUCUGUCGUCUCUCGCACGACUGGCAUUCCACUGUCCAAACUCAACUCGGGAGAAAGCGAGAAGCUUAUACACAUGGAGGACAUUCUUCGACAAUACGUCAAGGGCCAGGAUGAGGCAUUGAAGUCUGUCGCGAACGCCAUUCGUCUGCAGAGAGCUGGCCUGUCAGGCGAAAACCGGCCCAUCGCUUCCUUCAUGAUGUUGGGACCGACUGGUGUAGGAAAGACGGAAGUUUGCAAAAGAUUGGCGGAGUAUCUGUUCAGUACUCCACAGGCUGUCAUUCGAUUUGACAUGAGCGAGUUCAGCGAGAAGCACACCGUCUCGCGCCUCAUUGGUUCUCCUGCAGGCUAUGUUGGGUAUGAGGAUGCUGGCCAGCUUACCGAAGCCGUCCGACGAAAGCCUUAUGCAGUCCUCCUGUUCGAUGAAUGGGAGAAGGCUCACAAGGAUAUCUCAACGCUCCUCCUACAGGUGCUUGACGAAGGCUUCCUCACAGACGCCCAAGGCCAUAAGGUUGACUUCCGCAACACCAUUAUAGUCAUGACAUCGAACCUAGGAGCCGAUAUAAUCGUCGGCGACGACGUUCUACACUCGGUGGACAAGGACUCCAGUGAGAUCUCACCAGCAGUACGCAGCGCUGUUAUGGAUGUCGUCUCCGCCACAUACCCACCGGAGUUCCUCAACCGUCUCGACGAGUUCAUUGUCUUCCGCCGUCUCUCACGCGAAGCGCUCAGAGACAUCGUGGAUAUCCGUCUGAAAGAAUUACAGCAGCGACUGGACGACCGCAGGAUCGUCCUAGAAUGUCCGGACGAAGCCAAGCAAUGGUUAUGUGAUAGGGGAUACGACCCGAAGUUCGGUGCUCGGCCACUGAACAGACUCAUCGCAAGAGAAAUCGGCAACAGUCUGGCGGACAGGAUAAUCCGUGGAGAGAUCCGCAGCGGCGACACAGCCAAGGUCGCCAUCAACGAGGAAGGCACAGGUCUAAUCGUUACUGCUUCAUGA